CCGCGCCGCACAAGAGAGCCAUUAAAGCGCCGCCGGCCGGCCGACCGCGGCGAGACUCGCGUCCGGCUGUCCGGCCCCGCUUCCUGCCUCCCCGGGGCCAGGGCGCCGCGCCGAGCGUGUGGAGGGGGGCGCGGGGGCAUGGGGGCGCGAACCUGAGCAAACAAACAAGCUCGGGGACGCCUCCUCUCUCCGGUGUGAACUCGGGGCCCUGGACGCGCCCGAGCCCCCGGUCCCCGAAGGACGGGGAGAGGAGGUUUUGGGGGGCUGGGGGCGCGCGGGGGCAGGAUGGGAGCGCGGGGAGAGAGCGGGCCUGGGCUCGGGGGUCGGCGCCAGCCCCGCACGGUCGCCAGCUGGGGGCAGGGCCCCGCCCCUCCCCGUCGAGGGCGGGGGCGCAUCUCCGGGCGGGAGGGAGUUAAGCCCGGUGGCCGGGAUGCUCCACGUAGGAGCUGGCUCCGGCUGCCGGCUGCGGUCAGGGCCGCCGUAUAAAUAGGGCGGGAGACCCGAGUGCCGAGGACUCGACGCUGCCCGCGCCCCGCCGCCGCUGCCGCCCCCCACCCCGGCCCCGGCCUCAGGCGUCCCGGCCAUGGCCCGUCCGAUGCUCUUGCUCGUCCUCGGCCUCCUGGCCGGCCUGCUGCCGGCACUGGCCGCGUGCCCCCAGAACUGCCACUGCCACGGCGACCUGCAGCACGUCAUCUGCGACAAGGUGGGGCUGCAGAAGAUCCCCAAGGUGUCAGAGAAGACCAAGCUGCUCAACCUGCAGCGCAACAACUUCCCGGUGCUGGCUGCCAACUCGUUUCGCGCCAUGCCCAACCUCGUGUCGCUGCAUCUGCAGCACUGCCAGAUCCGCGAGGUGGCUGCGGGCGCCUUCCGCGGCCUCAAGCAGCUCAUCUACCUGUAUCUGUCCCACAACGACAUCCGCGUGCUGCGCGCCGGCGCCUUCGAUGACCUGACCGAGCUCACCUACCUCUACCUGGACCACAACAAGGUGACUGAGCUGCCCCGGGGGCUGCUCUCCCCGCUCGUCAACCUCUUCAUCCUGCAGCUCAACAACAACAAGAUUCGGGAACUGCGCGCUGGUGCCUUCCAGGGCGCCAAGGACCUGCGCUGGCUCUACCUGUCGGAAAAUGCGCUCACUUCACUGCAGCCUGGCGCUCUGGACGACGUAGAGAACCUGGCCAAGUUCUACCUGGACAGGAACCAGCUGUCCAGCUACCCCACAGCUGCUCUAAGCAAGCUGCGGGUGGUGGAAGAGCUGAAGUUGUCCCACAACCCCCUGAAAAGCAUUCCCGACAACGCCUUCCAGUCUUUCGGCAGAUACCUGGAGACCCUCUGGCUGGACAACACCAACCUGGAGAAGUUCUCGGACGGUGCCUUCCUGGGCGUGACCACACUGAAACAUGUCCAUCUGGAGAACAACCGCCUGAACCAGCUGCCUUCCAACUUCCCCUUUGACAGCCUAGAGACCCUUACCCUCACCAACAACCCCUGGAAGUGCACCUGCCAGCUCCGGGGUCUUCGGAGGUGGCUGGAAGCCAAGACUUCCCGCCCUGAUGCCACUUGUGCCUCGCCUGCCAAGUUCAAAGGCCAGCAUAUCCGGGACACAGAUGCCUUUCGCAGCUGCAAGUUCCCCACCAAGAGGUCCAAGAAAGCCGGCCGCCACUAAACAGGUCCUGACCCAGCUGGUCCUGGUGACCGGCCUCUGCCUUCCGCCGGAGAAACUACUGACCUUCCCACCUCUGACCCCCACCUUCUCCUCACAGCCUCUGCUGGCGCACAGAGCUGUCCACUUCUAGACAUGUCCUGGCAGGGGGACACAGGUACUCUGGCACAGACCCAGCUCCACCUGAUGGUGAGAGCUCCAUCACCCCUGGCCCCACCGCCACGGCUCCUCUCAGAGAAGCUGUUGCCAAGACCUCAAGUCCUUCAGAACCAGAACAGGGUAGCCAUCAGGAUGGCCACCCUUCCAUAAUCCUCCUUUCCUCUGCUCCCCAGACCUUGCCAUUUGGAAACAAACAUCAGAUCCUUGCCCCACCCCUUGCUUCCAGAAAGGGUCUUGAGCCCAUACCCCAAGUCUGACAGCCCUCCUCCCCUCCCGCCGCCUGCCAGGACACUCUAGCAGGACACUGGUGCUUUGCCGCAUACCCUACUGUGCUGCACUUCUUUCCCAAUUUUUCAUAAAUAUAAAUGUAUGUAUGUGUAAUAUUUA